GUGGGGUGGGGUGACAGCUUAUGCAUCGUUGAACCGUGGAUAUAUGGUGCAUUUCGGGUGUUUUAUUUUCAGUAAAAUGUUUAAAAUACACUCCUACAAGUCACUUGAAGUGUUAUGGUCAGCCGAUAAUCAUUCAAAUUUACUUAAAUCCAGAGUUGUAAACAUGUUGACGGGUAAAUGCCGUGGACACUAUUUUCUUAAUUGCAGCUAGAGGUUGAUUCAACUGCUUGGGGUUUUUUUUUUUUCUUCUUCUUCUUCUUUUUUUCCCAACCAGUGUACCACAACUGUAUAGGAAAGUGCAUAUGAAAAAUUAAAACGGGUUUUCUCUGAUGACUAUGAGUCAGCAUUACCAAAUGUUUGACAUCCAAUAGCCGAUGAAUAAUUAAUCAAUGUGCUUCAGUGGUGUCGUUAAACAAAACAAACAAACUGUAUGGGUGAACUGGUAACAAUCAUACGUUACAAUGGCGAAUUGACCCGUUCCGUGUGUAUAGUGAUUCACAAAUGUGUCGGUCAGGUACUCCGAUUCGGUCUCGUGAUCAGAGGAACGUGAGAGAUGAGUAGUAAAUAUGGUUUGAACUUCGAUUAAUAGGUUUGGAUGACAAAAUGGUGACUUGUCGAAGUGUUUUUGCCUUUUGUGGCUUUCUGUUCUUGUCUGUUGUUAUUGUUGUUUUAAUCAGAACAUUUACACUGUCGGUAAGAACGGACACAGUGGACGAUUGCACGGCAACUGACGAAGAUUUCAUUCGCGCAUCCGACAAGAUCAUAAGCAAUUUUCGUCGAGCUUUACAAAUAAAGACAGUGUCAAAAAACGUACACGAAUAUGACACGGGUGAACUGCUCAAGCUACAGCAGUUAAUUAGAACAGCAUAUCCAGUAAUUCAUUCUUCUCCUCUGGUGAAGCUGGAGGUGAUCGGAAACUAUAGCUUGCUGUACUCCAUCAAGGGAAGUAACUCCUCCCUCACACCAUACAUGCUGUGCAGUCACCUCGAUGUUGUGCCAGCAGAACCUCAGAAAUGGGACGCGCCACCAUUUGCAGCUGACAUCAAAGAUGGAUACAUUUAUGCAAGGGGCACUAUUGAUUUUAAACAUGGAGUGAUGGGAAUAUUGGAAGCAGUGGAGUACUCCCUGUCACGUGGAUUUAAACCACAGCGAUCCUUUUACCUGGCAUUUGGACAUGAUGAAGAGGUUGGUGGUUCAGAUGGAGCGAGAGCUAUCAGCGAGAGACUGAAGGCACAACAUGUGAAGCUGGAGUUUAUUGUUGAUGAAGGAAUGGUUGUUACAGAUGGACUAGUCCCGGGCAUGACGAAACCAGCAGCUCUAAUAGGAACCAGUGAGAAGGGCCAGGCGAUGCUAAGAUUAACGGUCACUCAAACUGCAGGUCAUUCAUCGAUGCCUCCAAAAGAAAGCACAAUUGGCAUCCUGGCCCAUGCCAUUCACAAACUAGAAUCUGUUGGACAACCCAGAAUGUUUGGAUAUGGACCAGAAAAAUACAUGUUUGAACACCUCGCUCAAGAUAUGACAUUUUCUCACAAACUAGUCAUGUCAAAUCUCUGGCUGUUUGGUCCCAUUGUAUCUUGGGUGUUGUCAAGAAAACCGGUAACUGAUGCUAUGAUAAGAACUGUAACAUCAGUGACCAUGAUACAGGGUGGAAUCAAGGCUAAUGUAGUCCCACCUGAAGCCUCUGCCAUUGUUAAUCAUCGAAUUCAUCCCGCUCAGUCUGUUCAAGAUGUUAUAGACUAUGACCGAAAGCUGAUUGAUGAUGACCGAGUGAAGAUAGAAAUAAUGGACGCCUUUGAAUCAUUGCCCCAGUCUCCGUUUGGUGACGACGACUUCGGUUAUCAGAUGGUGAAGAACAGUAUCCGACAAGUGUGGCUAGGAGUGGUUGUAGCACCAGCUACACUGAUUGGCAACACAGACACACGUCACUAUGUGGAGAUGACAAAAAAUAUUUAUCGUUUUUCUCCAACCUACAUGUACCCGGAAGAUAUGGCUCGUUUCCAUGGCGACAAUGAAAGGAUAUCUGUGAAGGACUACGAAAAGGCCAUAAACUUUUAUUAUCAUUUAAUAUCAAAUGCCAAUAAGGAACUGGAACCAUCUCAUAAGCAUGGAGAACUUUGAUUUUUAUUCUUUUAUAGUAAACUUUUAAAACCUAAUAUAGUUAACUGUAAAAUUAAUUAAUCAAAAGUGAAUGUUGUAUCCAAUGUAGGCUUUAAUUAACUGUAAACUUAUAUAACAGAAAGAAACAAACUUUCAAACCAGAAUACCUCAUUACCAAUAUGAUGGUCUCACCAGUGCAAAGUUAUUGUCCCAUAAUAUAUAAUAUAAAUGUUACGUCAUUCUGUCCUAGAAGAAAAUUCACUGUAUUACGGAUACGGGUAAAUCACUUAUCACCAGCCAUAACGAGAAGGUUUCUUUAUCUCAUGAGUGGAAUGUCGAAUCACAAGCGUAUAUCUCUGGUAGGAAUUAGUUCUUGAUCAAACACAUUGGUGUGUGGAACAGUGGAAUCACUCAUGUCAGUAGCGAGUGGAGUAAUAGAUUCACUCACAUCAGUAGCAUGACUGACCUGAUGAUCAUCAGUAACAUUAACAUUGGAUAUACUGUCCCAAGAUGCACACUGAGCAUCUAAGGUAUUGUUUGGGUAAGGAGCCAAGUCUCUGAAAGAAACAGUUGAUUCACGGCCAUCCAUAUACCGCACAUGGGCAUAAGUUGGGCUAACCUCUUUCAGCUCGACUUGGUCAACCAGCGGAUCAUUCUUGCUUGAUCGGACAAAUCUAGAAGUAGGACUGGACCUGGGGUUGUCAGCCAUGUUGGGAUUGAAGUACCAAACGAUGAUCUUCGUUGGAAGCCAAAGAAUCUCUCAUGAGACGUUGUAUUUGUGGAUGUUGAGAGAAACGAUCUGAUUGAAUGUAGCACAUCUGGAAGCACACGUUCCCACUGGGAAUCUGGCAGAAUAGAAGAUUUCAGUACAAGACAAACAGCCCUCCAAAUGAUACCAUUGUACCUUUCAACCUGUCCAUUCCCAAUUGGAUCAUACAGAGUAGUUUUGCUUGUCACUAUCCCUCCUUGUGAUAAGUAGCUCUUAAUCUCCAACAGAAAGGAUGAUCCACGAUCAGAAUAGAUGUAGCUAGGCAAUCCACACAAAGUGAAUAACUGGUCGAGGUAUUUGAUUACAGUAGAUGAGUGCAUGUUUGGGCAGGGCAAAUGGAAAACAUGAUAACUCGUCUAUUACAGUCAGUAUGUACACGUUGCGUGAUGCUGACAGCAAUGGCCCCUUUGAAGUCGAUACUCGGUCGUUCCAUGGGCUGUGUUGCUUUGACCAAUGUAUCAAGUGUUGGAUGAUAAACUGAGGUUUCUGUUCAGCACAUAUUUUGCAAAUAGAGCAUGUUCUCUUCACCUCCUCAGUCGAGAAUGGUAAGUUCUUUGAUCUUACAAAGUGCAACAUUCGAGUCACACCUGAUUGGCACAAGGCUUUAUGAAUGUCAUCUAGGCUAGAUGUUGAUACUGAAGAAAGAAAUGCACGAGUAAAACUGUCUGGAGCCACAUUGUUCUUUCCAGGCCUAUACUUCACAGUGUAGCAAAAUGAAGCUAGUUCAAUUCUCCAGUCUUGUAUCUUGUUAUUCUUGAUUUUUAAAAGUUUCCUGUUGUCCAACAUGAAGGCUACAGAGCGCUGAUCCGUUACCAGUGUGAAAUGGCAACCAGCCAGAAAAUAGAGCCACUUGCGUACAGCUUCGAUGAUAGCUGUGGCCUCUUUUCUCUACGUGUGGGUAAUGUAGUUCACUACCCUGCAGUGUUCUUGACGUGAAUGCAACUGGCUGACCACCUGGGUUUAAUGUCGCAGAUAUGGCAACUUCAGAAGCGUCACACUCAGCCACAAAUGGGUGACUUUCAUCUAUGGAUUGUAGGGCUGCUCCUUCUAGCAUUCUCUUUGAGUAUUUAUAAAGCUUCAAGGGCAGUCUUACUUAAUGGGAAGGCAUUAGCACUCACCCAUUUGCCUCGAAUCCUGUGAACUUCCUAUCAGCUUCUUGUAUUGGAACUUGAUGAUACGCACUUUUUCAAGGAAAUAUUCUAUAUUUCUGAAAAUUGGUUAAACCAAAAUGUGUUCCAGUGUGAGACUUAAUGAUGUAAAAACCAAUGAGCUACAAAUAAACGUUUGAACCUGUGCAGUAUAUUAGCAGUAGGACUAGUUGUGUACAACUAGUUUGACGAUCUUUUAUGCAUAACUUAAACAUACAUUCUUACAGGAUUCUUUCAGGUUGUGGAAAUCCUGAAGAGCCAUGGAAUUUGUAAAUGUCAUUUUCAUGGUCUGAAAAGUUAUGGAAUUUUUAGUUGGAUUAUGGAAAAUUGAAAAUAAAAUUUUUGCCAUUUAAAAUAAUGAAAGAAUUGAUGCAUUUAUUACAUCAAAACAUUGUAAUCUCAUCAUAAUAUGAUGAUGAUUGCAGAAAUAUCUUUGAAAAUGUUCAAAAAAGUAAUGAAAACUACCUUUAAAAAGUCAUGAAAAGUAGUGGAAUUUUGUUGAUAACAAAGUGUAUGAAUCCUGCUUUAUGAAUUAUUCUCAUUCUCUGAAGGUACCAUAACAACAUGUUUGACCAGGAUUGAUAAUGACAGUGGACAAAAUAUUUGAAAAAAUUAGCUUUUCAAAAAACAUUUGACAGAAUAUGCAGUUUUCAUGUAUUGUGGAAUGCAUUAGUGUGCUUUGAAAAAAGUCCUAAUAUGCUGCAGGUUUUUCAGCACUGUUGGGAUCAAGGACAUUAAAAAUUAAAUAAGAAAAAUUAAGAGCAGCUAUAAUCAGUGAUCUUUUCUCCUUUGGAUCUACCACUUAUCAAUUGAUGAAUAAAUACAUCUACAUCUGUAACGUGGUACUUAUUAGUUAAGUACAACUAUAAAAACAUAAGCGAUUUGAAAUUUCAUGUCUGUUAAAAUUGUUGUUACAAUUUAACUGAUUCAUGCUUACGUCAUUUUAUUAAUACCCAUUAGUUUUAUUUUUUUUAUUUGACAAUUUAUAUCUUUAAUAGCUAGUAUAUUGAAAUGAACAUUGUACAGACUUCCUUUAAUAUAACAUGUUAUCAUUAAUACUAAUUGUAUGUGUGUAUUUGAAAUAAUUUUGAUUUGCUCAAUAAAAUAUUCCAGUU